UCGUUCUUCCCCAUCAUCUCUCUCUCUCUCUUUCUGACGAGCCAGGAUUAAUUACACCUAGUCCCAUCUACCUAAAGGCUUCUGGUUCUGGACUCUGGAGUAGUAAAUUACUACUAGAAAGAACCAUAAUACGUUGCCGUAUUUAAUUGAUUCCUGAGCGUACACCAUCACACGUUCAUGUUUCCUGCCUGCUACAAGCCCCAUCCCCAGGCAGAGGUGUUCUCUCGGGGGAUGAUGCGUUGGAGUGAAUCUGGGGAAAAAAAAUGUUGAAGCAUUGCUAGGUGGUUGCCACAUGUGACAUUCUCUGGGAUCCUCUUUUGGUGGGUUCAGAGAUUGGGAUUUACUCUUCACUCAUUAACGUCCUAGGGGGUGUCUAGCUCUGCGGUAGGCUUUUGGAUCUGAGGGGUGUCUUUGGCAGAGCUAUAUACUAUGAGUUCUGGCCCUUUUGAAUUAUUUCGCAAGGAAGAAGGUGAAUGUAGUUGAAGUUGUCGGCUGGUGCUAGUGACCUGUUGUCUUUGUUAUCUGGUUUGCAAAGUUUUCGCGCUUUAGUGGAGUUCAAUUUUGGAAAACUGGGACAUAUAAAAGAGCGUGGGCUGUUUUUUUGAGCAUAGGCAAGAAAGACAUAUUGGGUUUUAGGCUUUGAAAUGGGGCAUGCGGCAGUUUGGGAUCCCAGAGCUGCAAUUGAGAUCACGAAGGAUUGGAAUGGGGUUGAUCAGAUAGUGCUUCGGAACCCUCAAGGCGCCUCUGCUCGGGUUAGUUUGCAUGGAGGACAGGUUACUUCGUGGCGCAAUGACCGAGGUGAAGAACUCUUAUUUACUAGCAGUAAGGCUAUUUUUAAGCCUCCAAAAGCAAUGCGUGGAGGAAUUCCUAUUUGUUUCCCCCAGUUUGGAAAUUGUGGAUCGCUUGAGCAACAUGGCUUCGCAAGGAACAAAGUUUGGACCAUUGAUGAUAACCCUCCACCUUUUCAUCCAAAUGAUACAUAUGGCAAAUCAUUCGUUGACUUGCUACUGAAAUCAUCAGAAGAUGAUCUGAAGUGCUGGCCUCACAGUUUUGAGUUUCGUCUUCGGGUAUCACUUUCAUCUGAUGGUAAUUUGUCCUUGCUAUCACGCAUUAGAAACGUCAAUGGGAAACCAUACAGCUUCUCAUUUGCGUACCAUACAUAUUUUUCUGUCUCUGACAUAAGUGAAGUAAGGAUAGAAGGAUUGGAAACACUGGACUAUCUAGACAACCUUUGCCAAAGAGAACGCUUUACAGAGCAAGGAGAUGCAAUAACUUUUGAAUCUGAGGUGGAUCGCAUCUAUCUUAGUUCACCUAACUGCAUCGCGAUACUUGAUCAUGAAAGAAAGCGAACAUACGUGAUAAGAAAGGAGGGGUUACCAGAUAUGGUGGUGUGGAAUCCAUGGGAAAAGAAAUCCAAAGCAAUGAUGGAUUUGGGUGAUGAGGAGUACAAACAGAUGCUUUGCGUUGAUGCGGCAGCUGUAGAGAAACCCAUCACUCUGAAGCCAGGAGAGGAAUGGACAGGACGUCUAGAACUUGCAGUUGUGCCAUCAAGCUUUUGCAGCGAUGAUUAAAUUUCUAUGGAAGGUGUUUUUGAAGUUUGGAGAGAGAGUAAUCAAAGCAUUGGCCUAUAAGUUUUUUAUUGGGCUAAAUGUUUUUUUUUUCUUUUUUGGGGUCCUGAUUAUUGAGCUAGACUGAAAUGUUACUUGGUGUAAUGCUGUAUAUCCCUGUUAGGAUCAUUAAAACUGCUCCCAUGAGCCUAGCAUGGCCAAUAGUUUUUAAAAAUGGCUGCUCUUUACAUUAUUUGAUUUUUGAGAAAUCUAGUUAAGAGAUAUCAGGUUCCUUCUUGA